ACGACGAAUCCCGUGCGCACGAAAAAUUCCUGCAAACAUCACCGUGCGAUGGCGCCGAGGAUGCGAUCCGGAUCGGUUAUUCUCCUGCUCUUCGUACAGUUUUGCUUCACUCUGAUCUCUUCUUCCCUUGCAGCUUCUCCUGGGUCCGGUGAGGGUUACUCCAUUCAUGGUCGAGUGAAGAUCCCUGAUUUUGGGGCUAAAGGAUUUGGUCUACCUGCAAAAAUAUCAAAUAUCAAAGUCAUCCUCAACGGUGGCCAAAGGGUUACCUUUCUGAAGCCUGAUGGAUUUUUUUCAUUCCAUACUGUGCCAGCGGGGACUCACCUUAUAGAGGUGGCAGCAUUAGGAUAUUUCUUCUCCCCGGUUCGGGUUGAUGUUAGUGCCAGAAACCCGGGAAAGGUUCAAGCAGCACUGACAGAGACCAGAAGGGGGCUGCAUGAGUUUGUUUUAGAGCCAUUGAAAGAUGAACAGUAUUACGAGAUAAGGGAACCCUUCUCAAUAAUGUCUCUUGUGAAAAGCCCGAUGGGUCUGAUGAUUGGAUUUAUGGUGAUUGUCGUGUUUCUGAUGCCCAAAUUAGUGGAGAACAUGGAUCCCGAAGAAAUAAGACGAGCACAAGAAGAAAUGAGAGGCCAAGGGGUUCCUUCUCUGUCUAACCUCUUGCCUGGGGCUGCAAGAAGCAGUUAGGGAGCAAAACUUAUAACAAGCACGAGCCAUCUGUGCGCAUCAAGGGCCUAAUUUCAUGACAGGAAGCUGGGGGUUUCUGAAACCUCAUGGACAGUCUUGUCUUGAGCAAAACUCAACAAAUUUUUUAUAAUUGUAUUUUGUCGACAUUAUAGUUUUCAUUUUGUGACUAGCUUGAAAGGUUUUUAAUGUCGCCUUGAUGACUAUGGCUAGGGAUAUCUGAUCAUGUUAGUGCCUUAACGUUUUGAUUUCA